AUGUGCCAGCAGCACUUGGGCACUCAGCUCUCACCGGACCCCAGUCCUUCAGGAUUUUCCUUGUUUACAGACAUUGAUGAGUGUGCUGUGAACAACGGUCACUGUGAACACAACUGCACCAACGAGCCAGGAGGGUACAGCUGCCAGUGCGCCUCCGGAUACCAGCUGGAACAGGGUGGACACAACUGCACAGAUGUGGACGAGUGUUUAGCAUUAAAUGGGACCUGUGAGCACAUUUGCGUCAACACUCUUGGAUCUUUCCAGUGCUCCUGCAGGCCUGGCUACCAGCUGCACAUCGAUGGCCACACCUGUGUGGACAUCGAUGAAUGUAAACUCCAGAACGGUGGCUGCUCCAACACCUGCACCAACUCUCCAGGAGGACACACUUGCCACUGCCCUCCUCCUCUGCUUUUAGACACAGACAACCUCACCUGUAGCAAUGUUUCAUCUUGUAAGCUGAGAAAUGGCGGGUGCGACCACAUAUGCACUGUGAGGGCAGAGGGUCGCGUCCAGUGUAGCUGUCGAACGGGCUGGAUGCUGGGCGAGGACCUGAGGAGCUGCGUGGAUGUGAACGAGUGCGGGGACUUCACCAACGGAGGCUGUGAGCAGCUCUGUGUGAACCAUCCUGGUGCCUUUAACUGCACCUGCAGGGAAGGGUAUGAGGUUCGAACUGAUGACCUCAGCAAGUGCCAGCCUGUGUGUGAUCCUCCCUGUCAGAACUACGGAGUGUGCGUGGCCCCAAACAGCUGUGACUGUCCUCCAGGCUACCCUGGUGUGGGCUGCUCAGCCAUGUGCUCCCCGCCCUGUGCCCAUGGAGGUACCUGUAUGCGCUGGAACGAGUGUCUGUGUCCUCCUGGCUGGACAGGAGCAGGCUGCCACACAGCGGUGUGCGAGUUGCCCUGUGCUAACGGCGGUCGCUGUGUGGGGCCUGAUACAUGCCAGUGUUCUUCCGACUACGCCGGCCCCCAGUGCCUUUUGCCUCUGUGUACUCCUGCCUGUCAAAAUGAGGGCAGAUGUGUGGAUGUCAACAAAUGCACAUGUGUCGGUGGAUGGCAGGGAGCUCGUUGCCAGAUAGAGCCUGUUCAGUGUCAGAAACCUUGUAAGAAUGGUGGAUUGUGUGUGGGCCUCAACAGGUGCCGCUGUGCCAAAGGAUUUACUGGAAGCCUCUGUGAAACUGCGGUGACCAUCCCCUGUGUGCCGCCCUGCCAACACGGAGCCACCUGCAGUCCUCACAACACCUGCACCUGUCCAGAGGGCACCGCAGGCCUGCGCUGUGAGAGACUGACGUGCCCUGUGGUCACCACGGUGGUCAGUAUGGCUCGAGCGGUGAGAAAGGCGUUUAGGGAGAGUUACGUUGACCGCUGUGGACCCCUGGGAGUUCAGCUUUGCACUAAAUACAGGAUAAACCAGGCACGUGUGUACCUGCAGGCCUACAGGGUGGGCUACAAAAUCCAGUGUCCAGAGAGGAAGGGCAGAUGAGCAGUGCUGUCUAAAAGCUCCUUGUCAAGAGGAACCGUCGCCAGCCAGACAACAUUUUGGGCAACAGACAAGGAGUGAAAUGCGACGGGGGCGGUUUCACCCUUAAAUCAAGCCUCUACGUUGAAAUGAAAAGGGGAUUGUCUCAUUGUCUCAUAACGGCUGUUUAUUUGGUUUUUGAUGUAUGUUGACAGUCAUCUUCAUCUUAGUUUUGUACACAAUCAUAGGUUUUUUACAUUUCAGGAGAAAUAUUCCUUG